AUGUCCCAUGCAACGACGCCUACCAAAGGCCCGUCAACAGUCGAUUGUGAAGUUUUGACGGACAUUCAUACACAAUCAAAUCUGGCCGAAGUUGAAGUAGUCAGUUUAAUACACGAAUUAAUCCCGCGUUAUCGUCUACGUGCUGAUACUGAUUUUGCUUGCUCAAACGAAGAUUUUAUUCAAACACCGCAUAUCAACGAUUCCGAAUUCGAAGGUCUAACUAAUACACAAAUUCGUGGUCUUCUUAAUUAUUACGAGUCAUCCAGUCAACGUAUCAGCCAAAUGACAAAAACAUAUCAUGAUAUAAGCGCUGUUACUCGCAUGUUAGAAGAUCGCGAGAAUGAUUUACAAAUGGCUGUUACUAUAGGCCAUACAUUACUUGAAAGUAAUAAUUCAUUACGUAGCCAAGUUAAUUUACUCGAGCAAGAUAUUGAACAAACAACAGAAAUUGUUAAACAACUCAAACAUGAUUUGAUUCUUAAAGAACGUCUUAUUCGAUUUUAUAGUGACAUGGAAGAAAACGAUCCACAAUCCGAAGGAGCAAAUAAUCUUGACGUUCGACAUUAUGAACAAAAAAUUCGAAAUCUUGAAUCUGAAAAUCAAGAAUUACGUAGUGAAACUGUGAAAUUAAAAAUUGAUGCCGAAAAUUAUGAACAACAGGAACAAUUGAUAGUUGAUAAUUUUGUAAAUGCUUUAGCGAAUGCAAAUGCAGAAAUCGAUAAUUUACAACAAGAAUUAAUAAAGAAAUCCGAUGAAAAUAACAAACAACAAGAUGAGAUUUUUCAUUUAUCUUUCGAGAUGCGAGAAAUUCAUCGUCGAUUGUGUGAAUUAAAGAAAGAAAACGAAGAAUUAAAACAUCUUCUAUCAAUCGACGGAAAAAAUCGCCAAGAAUAUGAAGCUAAAAUUCAAUAUCUAGAAAAGAAUUACAGUGAAUGUCUUGAAAAACUUCAUAAAUCUCAACUUGAAGUUAAUGCAAUACAAGAAAAAUUACGAAAUCUAUCGCCAUCGCCGUCUCUAUCAGAUCUAUCACCACAUCCUCAUACAGUAUUUCUAUCUCCUGUGGAAUACGCUAAUUUUAUGGGCAUUGAAAAUUCACUUAAAUCAGAAUUAGAAGAAAUUCUCGAAGAUCCAAAUCAAUUAUGUCCUCCAACAAUAAAUGCCGAUGAACAGAUAACUAAAAUUAAAAAAAUCUAUCGUAGAAAAAUCAGACGAGAACAAAGUGAUACCGACGGAGAAUCAACGAUUAACGAUUCGGCGUUCAGUGAUACCGAAAGUCUUAGCAGUACUUCGUCUUGUCCUCAUUGCCACCGAUGCUCACCUAUAACCGCAUCUGAUUCCAAAUCAUCAUCGACGUAUCAAUUCGAACGUCGCACACCAUCUGGAAUUUCAUCAAGACUGAGACUUGUCAAGCGUUUUGAAGGAUCCACUAUGUUAAAACGUUGGCAACAAUUAGCUGAACCAAGUCUUUCAUCCUGUCUUCAGUCGAUACCCGGUGUUUAUACUCGUGCUGAAAUUCUACAUGAAGUUAAAGAAGACGAUGAGGAAUAUUUAUUCACAGAAGAAAAUGAUUCAGAAUUAAAGUCAACUUCUUCGCAAACAACCACAUCUAAUCAAUUAAAUUUUGUCGAAUUGUUAACUCAACAAGGAUUCAUAUCUCGAACAGUUGAUUCAUUCGCUCCAGAUCCUGAUAUUACUGAUGAUCCGACAACAUCUCCAGCAUCACCAACACACGGCGUUCAAGUCGAAACUAAUGCUCUUCUUCAUCAAGUUAUGCAACGUUUAGUUGGAAUGUCGAUUCGUACAUUUGAAACUCUCACAACAACACUUGCAUCAACAAGUGAUAAUGAAACCGGCGAUGAAGAUGACGAAAUCAAAAGUAAUCUAUCCGAACAACGAUUUUGUACAAGAACUCCAGUAAAACCUCCACUAUCGCCCACAUUCGAUGGUCUUGCGGCGCCAACACCAAAUACGGCAAUGCGUGCAAUUAAAUCAAGUACAUUUCUACAUGUUUCAUCAUUGAAUCCAUUAACAAAAGCGUAUGCUAUACGUUUACGUGGCGAAGUACCAUCGAUUGUUAGUGAUUUUCUUCGAAGUAAUCCUACCGUGAACACCAAAUGA